CAGGUUGCCCUAGGAGACGCGACGCGACCAGGCAGCACUGAGCAGAAGGGAAGGCGGCGAAUCAGUGUUAUGAAACCGGGCGGCGGGGCUCGCUGAGACUCGGUCACCAUGUCGGAGAUUAUUUGUCAGUGGCUUAAUGAGGACCUGAAACUCUCCAAGCGUGUGGAACCAAAGUAUUUAGCCAAGGAGUUUUCGACAGGAUAUCUCAUUGGUGAAGUUCUUCACAAAUUUCAGCUGCAAGAGGACUUUGAUCAGUUUUCUCAAACCAGAGUGGCCAAUGGCAAGCUAAACAACUUCACCCGCAUUGAACCGACGCUGCAGCUUUUGGGUGUUCCUUUCGACCAGAAUGUGGCUCAUAGUAUUAUGUCAGAACAGCAUGGAGUUGCUACGCGGCUUCUGUAUCAGAUGUACAUAGCACUACAGAAGAAAAAGAAGGCAGGAUUGACAGGAGUAGCCAUGGAGACAUUGAGAGCGGCUGCUCCAGCAAAGCUUCAGAGCAUCGGCACCGAGAUAUACAGAGAGCGCUUAAAAACCAUCGUGCCUCGUCAAAGUGAAAUCAGCCUGCAGAGGGUGUCAGAACAAUUUGACCUGAAAGCAAAAGAAAUCGAAGACAAAGUGGCACAAAUUCAAAAUGAUGAACUUAGGAAAAUACAGAAAAUACAAGAAGAGCUGAGAAUUCAGGAUAUCGAAAAGCUGCGACGAGCUAGAAGGAGACAAACCGAAAUAAUGGCACGGAUUCAAGCAGCAAUUGUUCAGAUUCCAAAACCACCUCAAAACCGCACACUGAAGGCCAUGGAAGCUCAAAAGAUGUUGAAAAAGAAGAAAGAAGCGGAGGAAGUUUAUACAGAAAUCACAAAGUUUGAAAAGGGAACGAAAGAUGGAUCUGUUGGAAGUCUGUCUGCUAAUACCAGGGGCCCAACACUGCAGAGAUUAAGGUCAUCAGUUAACAUUGGCACGGCUUUGUUAAAACUGGAUACUAGCGACGACUACAUCAGGAAAAUUCAGAAACGUUUAGAGGAGGAUUCUGUAGCACGUGAGCAACGGGAAAAGAGACGACGGAGGAUUCUUAUGGAACAGCUUGUGGCUCAUGGGGCACAAGAGGAGGCUUUUCGGGAGGAACAACUGAUAAACCGAUUAAUGAGACAGUCCCAGCAAGAGCGGAGAAUUGCAGUUCAGCUUAUGCAUGCCCGUCACGAAAAGGAAGUUAUGCAACAGAACCGAAUGUUCCGAGAGAAGCAAUAUCAGGAGAGACGUGAGAGGGAGUUCCAAGAAUCUCUGGACAGAGAAGCGGCCUUGCAGAAGCAAGCUAAGCUCGACCGUGAAGAAGAGAUUCGCAAAGUGCAGCAGCUCCACGACCAGAUAGCAGCGGAGCGUGCAGAGGCUCGCUAUAAAAAGCACUAUAACCUGUGCCAGGAAAUCAUGAAUCAGAUUUUAGACUUCGUUACUAAAACAGGGGAAUACAGAGAGCUAACAAACAGACUUAUCCCUAUUAAAUUAAUGCGAGAAUGGAAAGAAGUUUUUGUCGCUGGAUAUCCGCUUUAUGACAAAGCUCCCAUAGAUGACCUCCCUCCUGAGCCAACUCCAGAGCAACUGCAAGAUAUGGAGAAGCAGAGUCUGUUAGAUGAGAAUGAUUACGAAGAAUACAAGGUACAGCUGACGGUUUUAACUGAGUGACAUGACUGCUGCUACCGUGUUUUUAUUUGUCAAAAUAAAAGGUGUUCCCUUAUCAA